AUGACGGAGCCCAUCUACUAUUUCCGCCACACGCACGCGCCCGUCAGCGAUGGGACGGUGGAGGCGCGGGCCACCCUCACCUGGACCCUGAACCCCCAAAUCGACAACGAGGCGCUCUUCAGCUGCGAGGUGAAGCACCCGGCCCUCUCCAUGCCCAUGCAGUCCGAGGUGACGCUUGUUGCUCCCAAGGGCCCGAAGAUCACAAUGACCCCGACGAGAGCCCGUGUCGGAGACACUGUGCGGAUCUUGGUGCAGGGCUUCCAGAAUGAAGUCUUCCCCGAGCCCCUCUUCACCUGGACGCGGGUGGGGAGCCGGCUCCUCGACGGCAGCGCCGAGCACGACGGCAAAGAGCUGGUGCUGGAGCGGGUGCCAGCCGAGCUCAACGGCUCCAU